CCCGGCUGCUCGGCCCCGCGCGCGCCCCCCCGCACCCGCCCCGCCGGGGCCAUGCGCGUCCGGGAACUGCGGCUGGCGUUGCUGGCGCUCGUGCUGUGCCAGGCGGCGCGCGGACCCGCCGCCCCGCUGCCCGGCCCCGGGGGCCCCGCCUUGGCCAAGAUGUACCCGCGCGGCAACCACUGGGCGGUGGGGCACUUAAUGGGGAAGAAAAGCACAGGAGAGUCCCUGAAUACUUAUGAGCCGGGCAUCCUGCAGGACCAGUUGCAGGAGUAUCUUGGGUGGGAAGAAGCAGCAAGAAACUUGCUCAACGUCAUGAAAGCCCAGGAGACCCGAGGUCAUCGGUCACCUCCCCCACAGCCUCUGGGCAGUGGCCAGUCUGCUCCCCGGGAUGGAGUGGAGCGCCAGGACUUUAAAGGGUGGGGGGACACCUCACACCAGGUUCGCCACAAAGAGGAAGACGCCCACACUUAAAGGGACAUGGACAGCGGAUCCCCGUGUCAUGGAAGCAGAAUCAGAGCUGGAGUGACU